UCCAGUAUUAGAGUGUAGAUUUAACUAUUGCUGCCUGUGAGAGGACAAGUCAUGGGGACAGCCAUCCGACUUUGGAUCCUGGCUUUGCUGUCACAAUCAGCUUUGGUCAUUUCAGAUCCUCAUUACGUGGUGGUUUUCCCAGCCAUAAUUGAUCAUCCCAAUAUGGAAAAGUUCUGCAUAUUGCUACGCUCCCUCCAAGAGACUAACCACCUGUUGGUGACCUUGGAGAUGAAAGCUCAGAACCACACCUUAGCGGAGAAGGACGUGGAAGCCCCAGGAACCUUUGAGUGUAUCCGCUUCCAGGCCCCAAGCUUUGUUUCCACAAGCAAGACUAUUUAUGGUGAAGAAGCAAUAGUCAACGUGCAUGUUGUCAUCCGAAAGGGCAGCGCUGUGACCUUUGAGGCUCGGAAGAAGGUGCUGCUCAGGAAAGCUUUUCUCAGGCAUCUCAUACAACCAAGCAAGGCCUUAUACAAGCAAGGAGAGAUAGCCAAGUUUCGCAUUGUGAGGCUUGAUGAUGAAUUUAAGGCCAUUGAUAAAAGCAUCCCCCUGAUAUGGCUGAAGGAUCCUGAUAAGAACCGAAUUGCCCAGUGGGUGGAUGUGAAGCCUCUUCAUGGCAUUGUGGAUCUGUCUUUCCCUCUGGCCUCUGAAGCAGCCUUGGGCACAUACACCAUUGAAGUGGAAGACAAAGAACUGAGUUCUAAAGCUGAUGGAGAAUUCACAGUGGGGGAAUACGAGCUGCCUAGAUUUGAAAUUUUCUUCAAGUAUCCAUCAUUGGUCACCAUUUUAGACGAAGAAUUUCAGCUCAAUGUCUGUGGCAAGUACCCAUAUGGAAAACCUGUUCGAGGAAAUGUGUAUAUCAACUUGACAAGGAAGGCAUCAGAAGCCUUUGGAAUCGUUACACAAAUAGAUUUGCCUAAGAUUGUAAAAAGUUACAGUGAGCGGACAGACAAGACUGGUUGUGCCACUUUUACUAUUAAUGGGACUGAUAUUAAUCUGCUUGUAAAAGGCUAUGAGAACCUGAUGGCAUUAUCUGCAGUACUGGAGGAGGAAGGAACAGGACUGAAGGCGACAAAAAAGGACAACAUUCCUAUUGCUACCAGUGAAGUGGAUGUGGCAUUUGGGGAACUCAAUCCUUUCUAUAAGCAAGGUUUCCCUUACUCUGGAAAGAUUAGAGUUUCAGUCAAUGAUUCACCAGUCAGAAAUUACACUGUCCAUCUCAUUGUUGAUGUGGAUGAUGCGCUGACCCACAUUCAGUAUAUCACAGAUGGGGAUGGUACUGCCUACUUCUCUCUAGAUACAACUGCCUGGAAUGACACCAUGGUUUCUAUAAAGGCAACAAACACAUUUGGGAGUAAAACUGAAGAACAGGUUGCUCAGAUGUCAAACUCUGAAGAUUAUAAGUGGCUGAAGCCCUUCUACUCAGAGAGUAACAGUUUCCUUGAGAUUCAGCAUGUGGAGGGAGAAUUGCCCUGUGGAAAGCAUCAGGAAGUGCUGGUGGAUUAUAUCCUUGACCGGAAAGAGCUGGACCCCGAGGCCGACCACGUAGAUUUCUAUUACUUGGUUGUAUCAAGGGGAAAGAUUGUCUCCAGUGGACAGAAGCAAGUGCCCAUUGGCCAGGAUGAGACACUCAAAGGCACCUUCUCCCUCACCCUCACCACCAGUUCUGACCUGGCACCCAUUGCCAGGCUUCUGCUGUUUGCAGUCUUCGCUGACGGCGAGGUGGCAGCUGACGUUGAUGUGUUCAAAAUAAACAUGUGCUUCAAGCAUAAGGUGAAGUUGGGGUUCUCAUCAGAGGAGGAACUUCCAGGGUCGAAGGUCAAUCUGCAGAUAGAAGCUGCCCCCGGUGCACUGUGCUCUGUCCAGGCUGUGGAUAAGCGUGUCCUCUUACAGAAGAACCAAACUCUGACACCACUUACAGUAUAUGGUGCUGCUUCUUUAACUUACUGGCUUGAUAUAGCAGUAGAAGGAUUUCACUAUCGCAUGGAAGAUUUUGAACCCUAUCCUUGCUUGCCCCCUUUGGAUCCUAGGCAAGGGAAUUUCAAGGUGGCUCCUUGGUAUCAGAGAGAAGCUGAUGUUUAUAGUCUGUUCAAGCAAUUGAGAUUGAAAAUUUUAACAAACACAAAAGUGAAAAAACCUGUUUCCUGUGACCUUCCACAUCGAGACAGAAUAUUUUUCAGAAGUGAUAAGGCAAGAGUUGUUUCAGGUACUUUAGUUGCUGAAGAUACUGAGGAAAUAUCUCAUGAUAUCACUGCCACAAAACCUAAGCAGGAUACAAAAACCAAACCCAGGACACGCUUUCCAGAAAACUGGAUUUGGGAUUUAGUACCUGUCAAGUAAGUGAAUUCCAAGCUUUGUUCAGGAGGAAAAGAAAUAUUCUCAUAUAAGUAGUCCUUGUUUAAUGUCCACUCAUUCAGCGACCGUUCGAAGUUAUGAUGACACUGAAUGAGGGGCACAUACAAUGGGUCCUCAUAGUUGCGGCCAUCACAGUGUCCCUGCAAUCAUGUGAUUGCGAUUUGAGCACUCAGCAACCAGCUUACAAUUACAGUGUUGCAUUGUCCCAUGGUCACAUGAUUGCCAUUUGCAACCUUCACCGCCGGC